AUGAAUAUUCUAAAUUUGAUAGUCAUCGCUGCUGCUUUUUGGGUACAAAUUAAUGCCAACAGUUGUCGUGAUGUUGUUGACAUGAAAAUUCAUCCAGUUGACUGUUGCGCCUACCCAAGCUUGUUUGAAGACGAAAAUCUUUUGAAACAAUGCGAACAAAAGUGCAAAUCAGAAGCAUCAAAGCCAUAUUGUCCACGUGUCUGCUUCCUCAAAGAACUCGAAAUUUAUGCCGAUAAAAAGAUAAAAAAUGAAAAUAUUAAAAAUUUAUUUUCGAGUGCUGGAAAGUCAUCUGGUCGUGGAAAUGUCGGCGAUGCCUACAAAGACAUUUUGGAAGAUUCAAUUAAAAAAUGUUUGGUCGAACACGAAGUUGCUGAGAACAUUGAGGAAGAAAAUGUCGCGAUGAUUGUUUUUGAUCUGAUGAAUUGUAUCCGAAGACACAACUUCAUUGCCUGUCCUGACUUUAAAGACAACAGUGAAUGCACAGAAAUGAAAGAUGCAAUCAAGACUUGCGAUAAGUCAACUGAAGAGAUGCUUUUUGGAGUUUUUCAUGAGCAGCGUAAGGCUGAUAAGGAGAAGGGAACGAUGGCUGUUGAGCAGGGUAGCGGUAAGAAUGGAAUGGGCCGUUAAGUUUUGUUUUUCGAACUGUUUAAUGCACAA